CACUCUCUUUCUCUCUCUCCUAAUAGAAACAACCCAAAAGGACCGUCGCCUUCUCUGUCUCUCUCCCCCUCCCCUCUCUCUCUCUCUCUCUCUCUCGCGCGCGCGCGCUAGACGCGGAGCUGCCACUUCGUCUCGAGGAAGCGAGCUUCAAUGGCAGAUACCAAGAAAUAGGAGUCCCGUAAGAUUUUCUCUGUUAUUUUUUUCGAGUUUUUGUUAAGCUUUUUCUCUGAAUUUACUUUCUCGGAUCGAUCUGUGGAGUUCCGCUUUUUUUUUUUUUCGUGAAUUCUUUGAUUUCUGCUUAGUAGGAUGAGGAGGACGAAUAAUUUGAUUCCCUGCGUUUUGUUUUUCUUUUUUCGAUCAUUGACCAGUUCAUAGCUUGAAUUUCAUCUGUUUUUUAUGCUUGAUUCGAUUACUAGCGGUUAUUUCUUCAUAAUUAAGUUUAACGUCUGGAUUGAUGAGUUAAUGGACGAUUCGGCAUGAGUCCGAGUCCCAGUCCGAGUCCGAGUCCGAGUCCGAGUCCGUUUCCCUGACGAUGCUCGUCAUUCGUUAGCUCGAAGGCGGCUCGUAGUCUUCUUUGGUCCUCCUUAAUUUCUCUGUGUGAUUUUUGUUUUUAUUUUUCUUCUUGAGAACAUGUGUUGACUGGAAAUCGCUAUUUUUGGUUACCUGGAUCAUAAAUUGAUAUGGUUUUCAAUAAUUUCGAUGCAUUAGCCAGAAUAGCGCGUGCUUACAUACUCAAAUUUGAAAACACAAAAAAUACGUAUUAGAUUUUGUAGGGUGGACACGGGAAAAAGUGGUUUCUUUUCAUGUGAAGAAAAAAGUUGUUUCUUUAAAAAUUCACUUGAUAUUUAUAUCAAAAGCUUGAACGGACUCUGUGUGACAAAUCUUCGGCGAGGCAAACGGAUCUGAAGGCGAGUAGAUCUGCGGUUGAUCCUCUCUGCCUGCUAUUGCAACUAUUUUUAUUAUUAUUAUUAUUACUAUUAUUAUUAUUAUUAUUAAUUUGAUACUUUUUUUAUUAUUAUUUUUUUCUCUUUUCUCUUUUUACUAUUGUUGCUAUUGCUAUUUAAUAUUGUUAUUAGCUUGAUAGUUUGCUUUUUGUUUUUUGUUUUGUUUUGGUUUGGUUUGGUUUUUGUUUUCGCAUUCGUUUUCCUCUCUCCCCCUCUCUCUCUCUCUCUCUCUCUCUGAGCUCUGAGCUCUGAGCUGUGUCUUGGGAUUAUAUUUUCUGUAUUUGUGUUUACUCGUAACGGGCUGUUUGAUUAAUUCAAAAGAGAUGGUUUCGUGGCUGUUCUUGUCAGAUGUGUUUGUUUUGUUCCUUUGAUUCAGUGUACGUGAAGCCUUUUGUCUAAGCUCUGGACUUAAGGUUAUGGGUUCAAACUUCAAAACUACAGAGAAAAACCAUUCAUGCAUCAUCUCUCAAAAAUAAACAGCGAACAUAUUUGGUCUCUUGAAUUGUAUUUGUAUAUUCCGAACUUGAAAAGCAGUGGGAUUGGAUCAGCUUUGAGAGAUUGAUAAGCAGAGGUGGAGUAUAACUGUUAAAUAAACUGAUUAUCAGUCCCAGGUUUUGUUCAUUUUGGUGUAUACCAAUGGGGAUGGGCAUUUUUGAAGAAAUGGGUUUUGGUGGCAAUCUUGAUUUUCUCUCUGCUCCUCCUCGUCCUGGGGAGGCACCCUCGGAAAAUGAACCAGAAGCAACUGCUGAAGAGGACUAUUCUGAUGAAGAAAUGGAUGUGGAUGAGCUUGAGAGGAGGAUGUGGCGAGAUCGGAUGCUCCACAGGCGUCUUAAAGAACGGAAUAAAGGCAAGGAAGGAAUCGACAAUGCAAAGCAGCGUCAAUCCCAAGAGCAAGCCCGAAGGAAGAAGAUGUCACGUGCUCAAGAUGGAAUUUUGAAAUACAUGCUGAAAAUGAUGGAAGUUUGUAAAGCCCAGGGCUUUGUAUAUGGGAUCAUCCCUGAGAAAGGAAAACCGGUGAGUGGAGCCUCUGACAAUCUUCGAGCUUGGUGGAAGGAGAAAGUUAGAUUUGAUCGGAAUGGUCCUGCAGCGAUAGCCAAGUACCAGGCAGAUCAUUCACUCCCAGGGAAGAAUGAGGACUGCAAUUCUGCAGCCUCCACUCCCCACACUUUGCAAGAGCUCCAAGACACUACUCUUGGCUCACUCCUGUCAGCUCUGAUGCAGCACUGUGAUCCACCACAGAGACGCUUCCCAUUAGAGAAGGGGAUUGCUCCUCCAUGGUGGCCUACCGGGAAUGAGGAAUGGUGGCCUCAGUUGGGUCUGCCCAAAGAUCAAGGGCCUCCGCCAUACAAGAAGCCUCACGAUCUGAAGAAGGCUUGGAAGGUUAGUGUUUUGACAGCAGUGAUCAAGCACAUGUCUCCUGACAUUGCAAAGAUCCGCAAGCUUGUUCGUCAAUCUAAAUGCUUGCAGGACAAAAUGACAGCGAAGGAGAGUGCAACAUGGCUGGCCAUUAUCAACCAGGAGGAAGCAUUGUCCCGGAAGCUGUAUCCUGAGAGCUGCCCCCCUCUGUCUGCCAGUGGGAGUGGGUCUUUGGUCAUCAGUGAUACCAGCGAUUAUGAUGUUGAAGGUGUUGAAGACGAACCAAACUAUGAAGCAGAGGACUGCAAACCCCGUGAUAUUAACAUGUUCAAUUUGGGGUUUGGAGGAUCAGGGAACUGUAGAGAUAAGCUCAUGAUGCUUCCACAGCUGGCACCUCAGAUUAAGGGAGAGCUUGUGGAUGGCAACUCAGAUUUUAUGCAGAAGAGGAAGCAGCCAUCUGAUGAGCCACAGAUGAUGAUGGAUCGUAAGAUUUAUACCUGUGAGUGUCCUCACUGCCCUUAUAAUGAUUAUCGCCUUGGGUUUCUUGACAGGACUGCAAGAAACAAUCACCAGAUGAAUUGUCCAUACCGGAGUAAUUCUUCCCAAUCUUUUGUCAUGCCAAACUUCCAAAUAAACAAUGAUAAGCCCACGAGCUUCUCCCUACCCUUGUCUCAAAACAAGCCGGCUGCUACACCAAUAAACCAAACUCCUACUCCUUUCAAUGUUUCUGAAGUCGGACUUCCUGAAGAUGGGCAAAAAGUGAUUUCUGAUCUAAUGUCUUUCUAUGAUACCAAUACCAAUAACAAUAACAAUAACAAUCUUCACCGUAACAAGGGCUUGAAUUCUGGGAACCUGAGUCUGACGAGUGACCAAAAUCAACAGCAGCAGAAAGUUCAGUUUCAACUAGAAGAUAACUUCUACAGCCAUGGAGGUGCCAUGGGAUGCAAAGUGCCGGAGGAAACCAAUAGCAUGCCAAUGCCAGUGAAUAAUCAUUCUGUUUUCCCUCCAUCCGAAAUUCAAUUCGAGCAGUGUAAGGCAUUCGAAUCUCUUUUUGAUAACAAUUCCAAUGAGGGUAUGGCUUCUGAGUUCAGGUUUGGCUCCCCAUUGAUGUUCAACAACAUGGCAUCAGUUGAUUAUGGUGGUGCGGAUCCACUGGCAAAGCAGGACGCGUCGAUGUGGUACCUUUGAAGAGACUAGUAGCAUGCGUGAUCUGUCUUUUUGUGCUCUCAUUUUAUCAGACAUGGAGAGGACUCUCUCUCUAGAAGCACACUAAGGCUGCAUAUAUGUGUUAAGGGAGAAUUAAGAUCAUCUUUGCGCUGUUCUGAACUCUCUGGAUUGAAGUAAUGCUUCCUAUGGGAAAGUAGGUAGUUAAAUAUGUCUGUUUUCAUAGAUGUCCAAAACUGUGUUAUGAACUUGGGGUUUGUCUUCUGUAGCGUUCUUUUUGUUUUUCUUUCUUCCAUCUAGCGUAGGGUCGGUCUAGAAUUAGCUUUCGCAGUGGUAUUGAAGAAGAGGGUCGAAAGAGAAAUUUGGAAAGGACCCUGCCGACCUAUGUUCAAUACCGCUGGUGAAAUGGUUAAUCAGUAGCAUUUUGUUGUUUCGAUCGUGUCUUUAUAUAUAUAUUGUAUGCAGCAUGUAGUCGAUGUUUUAUAUGUGCACAUGCGUCUAUACAUAUUAAUCCCAUAUUGCGGUUUGUUUUU